AAGUAGGACCUUUCUUCCAAUUUCAACCAUCGGCUACUCAUAUCCUCCCUUGCACGCUCAUAAAACAUACGGCAUCUCUGUGCUUAGCAGCGAGAUGGGCUUAACCUCGAAGUGAUGGCGAGCAACUGCAAAUAACGCCGGCGAGCAGCCACACCACACCGGAGAGCAGCGGCGGAGGUAAGCGUCAGAUCUGCCUCUUCCUUGCACUCUGUUUCUUUAAAAUUUUCCCGUCCGAAUCUGGUGUGGUGGCGGUGGUGCCAGGCCCUGGGGUCCUCUUCUUUCCGUCGAUCUGCAAAAUACUCCAUCUCUGUUGUUUCUUUGCUUCUUCUUUCUCAUCUUUGUGUUUUUUAAUUGCUCUGAAUUAGGCAAUAAUGGUUGAAAACUUGAAAUCAAGCUGAGUGGUUUGCUUGAGCUUCUGGGGGUUCUAAUGGCUCAGUAAAUAAUAUCCGAUUGUUACAAUUGCUAUUUUUUUUGAAAAUGUCAUCAAAAUGACAUUCUUAUUCAUUAAAAAUCUCAUAUAUACAUUUUUAAAAAUGCCAUUAAAAUUGCAUUCUCUGUCAUUUUGAUAAAAGGUUGGCAUCCUGGUAGGGUCGGCCAGAUCUUCCGUAGCACCAGUGGAGUUUGCUAUCGGUUUCCCAGGGUUAGGAGUUGGGGAAACUGAUUGGUGCCGACAAGUCAUUAAGGGCAAAAUAGGAUAAACACAGAAAUUCAGAUGUGUACGAUUGUACGGUUUCAAAAAUCCCAAAUUCUCUCUCAUGUGGGAUGGGAACUGAUAUUAUUGGCUGUUAUGACGCGGAGGACUUCAUCAAUCGUAUUACAUGAUACUUCGUAUAUAUAUAAACCCUAGCUGUCCUUAAUAUAUACGGAGUAAUUUUGUGGAGUAUAUUACGUAGUACGAAUCCGUGUGAUUGUGGCACACAAAAAUAAAGUAAGGAAUAUGGCUAUGGCCGCCUCCACGCUAACCUCCAGCAGAAUCGUCAUCUCCAUCAUCGUAAUAGCCUCAACAUUAACUGCCGCCGCAGAAAGGGUCCGUUCGGAGGAGGACGACCACCGAAUCCUCAAGGCCAUGAUGGGCCGGUGCGUGGAGAUAUUCCUCAACCCCUCCUCGCCUCAGCCCCAGCCCGACAACAUCGUCAACGCCGAUGAAGCCCGGGCACUCACCAUGUACAGCUGCGAUCAACUUUUCACGAACAUCGGCCUUGCAGCGGGCCGCUUCACUCUCCCAUCCCUUCAUCAGCAAUUCCGUUGCGGGGUGGCCUGCAAUCCUCAGGGGUCGUGGUUACCAAAACUUAGAGCCUUCCAUAACAUAACUGAGAUUCCCGACAAAGAUUACCACGCCUUGAAGACGGUCAUGGAUUCUUGUGUCGUGCAGUUACUCGAGCAGAAAGAUGACGAGGAACCGGAAUGGGAAUGGGAUUUGGAAUAUCACGAGAAUAUUAGAUUCUGCAAGGGGUACUUUGGCUACUUCUUGUUCUUUUACGAUUACGAGGACAGGCUGACCCCCGAGUUCAUCCAUGUCAUGAGACAUUUCGAAAAGUAUUACACACUUGAUUGGUAUCCCAAGCGAAUACUUUUAUGCUUGCUCACUACGAAGCAUAGUCGCCAAGACUGUUUCCAUCUAGGCGAAGACCGCACUCCAAAAUACAGAGAACAUAUACUAAACACCCCGCCUUUGCUCGAUUUAAUUACUGAUGGCAUCGAUUUAAAGUAGAUGUUAUAUAUGAUCCCUCGAUAGAUGAUCUCUUCUUAUUGUACGUCUUUCUUUCGUUUUUCUUUAUGCCUUUUUAUUUUAUUUCUGAACAUGCACGUACUUUUGCUAGAAAUAAUUCAAAAGUUAUCCAUCUGCAUCUGCUCAUUCAUGAUGCCCUUAAUUAGUACAGCCACGGGGCACCUUGUUUAUCA